AUGCUCAGUGCUAUUAUUUACACUCCCCCCCGCUUUCAAAACGAAGCCUGAAGGUUCGGGGGGAGGAAAGGCGGGAAGAGAGAAACUGUUCUCCUCACGCCCGGAGCUCGCGACGGGAGAGAAGCGGCCUCUGAGGUUACCGUGGAAACGAGGAACCUAACGUCUCUCGCUUUUUUUUUUAUUUUUACCUCGCGCCCUCGCCUUUUUGAAUUCGCGGAGCGCUGGGUUCCAGGCCCCGCCCCCCACCUCCCGCACAAACCAUUCUCCCCACCCGCUUCUUAGUUCAGUCCCGUUGGCCCUUUGAGCUCCGCCCUGAUCUCGCAGCGUCGGCUCUCGCGAGAAGUGGGCCGCAUCUCGUGACUGGGGCCCCGAGGUGGUCGAGGAAACAGAGGUAAGCGGCGGUUGUCCUCCCCCCGCCACCGGUGAAAUUCGGGUGGGUGGGUGUGUAGUGGCGUGUCACGCGCCUUGCGUGACAGGCCUCCGGGCUCCGCUUCGCGUUGUGGGCGGCGAGGCCUUCCCUCUGAGGGAGAAGCGCCCUUCAGGCUUUCCCCACUGAACGCAUGAGCUGGUUUUGGUGACCAAGGAGACACCUCCCCCCCCCCACCUUACACAAGUCCAGCUCCCCAUCUCAUGGCCUCGGCCUGUUCAGGCCGCCCUGAUCUGCCCGUGUUGUUGUGUGAAGGCUCGGAUGUGGCUGGUGAUGUGUGUGCUGCCCCACGUCCCUGCGCAUACAGCUCCCCCUAACGCAUUGCAUUGGUCUUAUAACCGUCAAGGACCCCUGCAAGGUGACCCUGGGCAGAUCCUCCUAAAAGCCGGAAAUCCAGGUUCUCAUUCUGCGCUUUCCCCCCUCCCAUCUCCUUUCCUACUAAAAUACAGUGGUACCUCGGGUUACAUACACUUCAGGUUACAGACUCCGCUAACCCAGAAAUAGUACCUUGGGUUAAGAACUUUGCUUCAGGAUGAGAACAGAAAUCGUGCAGCGGUGGCGCAGCGGCAGCAGGAGGCCCCAUCAGCUAAAGUGGUGCUUCAGGUUAAGAACAGUUUCAGGUUAAGAACAGAACGAAUUAAGUACUUAACCUGAGGUACCACUGUACUAAAAUUAGCUAAAUCAUUGAUCCUUUGCCUGCCUUCACAUGGCAUCUCCAAAUGCUGUCGGGCUGCCUCAUCUUGGAAGCAGCAGGAUGGAAAAAAGUCACAGAAUCACACAAUUGUAGAGUCGGAAGGGACCACGAGGGCCAUCUAGUCCAACCCCCUGCAGUUCAGGGAUCUUUUGCCCAGCGUGGGGCUCGAACCCAUGGCCCUGAGAUUCAGAGUCUCAUGCUCCACUGACUCAGGUAUCCCAGGUGUGCAGUAGUUGUAUUCUGGUUUUGACCUUUUAAACUGCCAGGUGCUGGACUGGAUAAAGCUCCCGUUCUCUAUUUAGGAUGAGAAAAAGAAAUCCCCUAAGAGUUGUCCUGUUUCUCCCCUCCUUUUUGAGGCCUUCAGGUCUGUGUGGUGGCUAGCGCCCACGGGAAAUAGAAGCUUGAAAGGCAGGGAGAACAAUGGUAAGUGGAGCUAGAGCCAAUGACAAGCGGAACCAACCAGUUCUAGUUUUGUUCCCAUCCUCCUUGAUAAGUUCAAGGGCAACACAGACUAAGGCGGAGGAAGCUGACAGCCGCUGUCACCCAUAAGACUGGUUGUAAGAAGGCAGGCAGGUGGGGGCAGGCUUAGGCUGGUGGAACAGUGCCCCUUUUCCCCUAAUCGACCAGUCUCCACUGCUUCAAGAACUAUAGUUGUUCAUGUACUUCAGGUAACUUACUCUGUUUCUGUACAUUUGACGCACAGAAAAUUCUCACCAUCCAGGUGAAUGGUGGCUGUGACUACCUGAAAGCGCUUGGACAUGGACAGGUGUGCAUGUUACCAAAUUCCUUUCUGAUGUGGAAAAUCAAGUCUGUGUAGUCACUGCAUGAAAUGCUCUGAGAGUGUCUUGCCAUUGAAUCCUUUGGCGAAGCCCCCCUCCGAGUAGGAAUAAGACUUGAAGUACCCCAGACAUUCUCCCCCCCCCCCCUGUAAAUUUCAAAGAUGCGUGUGGAAAGUAGGUAGAAGUGCAGCUUAUAGUUCCUGGUUUAUAUUUACAAGCAUCCCCACAUUUAUGCAGGGGUUAUGUUCCAGCCCCCCCAUGUGCAUAACUGAAAUCACGUAAAAUGGGGAGCACCCCACUUUAAUAGGGGGGCCUGUGGUGUGGAGGAGAGAGAUUCAAGUGUGCUGCCAAGGCUGCUGCCCAAUGCACCUUCCCUUGCUCGGAGUUACUGCCUGGAAGUCACUCAGGGUCUCUGUCUGUCCUAUUCUGAGCAUUCUCUCACUUGGGGCCACUGUCCCGAGCCUUCCCUCCAGUAUUUAAUAACCAUUAUGGCCAUGCUUCAUAUCUGACCAUAACUAUUCACUUUCAGUCUCUGAAAUAAUUAUUCUUAGCAAGUCACCUUUCUGGUUUUAUUUCUUCAUUUUUCUAGUAAAUAAUACACUGUAUUAAUAUGCUUGACUUUGCAUUUCAGAUGCCCUGUCAAAUCUGGUUUUAAGGACGAGGUUGUCAUGGGUUCAUCUUCAUCUUCUCCAUCAAUUGCACUCCAAGCAAAUGUAUCAGAACAGCCUCAGGCUGUGCCUUCACAAUGUCCAAUGCACCAGAAGAACAUGGAAGGUAAUUGGUCACUCAACUAAACAAGCUAAGCAUGUGAAAAAUGAUUCUAAAAUCGCUUCAAAGAGGCUUAUUUAACAAUAAGCAUAGGUUUCCACAUUUUGGUUGGCCUGGUAAAUAUGAGAACUCCCAGCAGCCUUGCUGCUACAGAGGUGGGUGAAGUUCGCAAAGUUUCUAUGUAGUUCUCCCCUUCUCCUACACAAAGGUUAGUAGAGUGAAGGGUGGUGAUUGUUCAGCCUCUGAGGUGGCUGAAAUGCCUCAGCUAUACCAGGCCAAAUCAGCAAGGCUCUGCCAGUCUUUUCAGCUUGAGUAAGAAAAGGUGGGGUGGACAAGGGUAGUGUCUUUGGAGUCAAGGUGUCUGGACCAUGCUAGAAGUGUAGGACCAAACCAACAAGCUUGGAGCUGGAAAGGGAAGCAGUGGGGUAUCUCUUCCCUCGUAUGAGGUUUGCGACAAAGGGAAAUGGGGUCCCAGCAAUCACAACCGUUUGGCUUGGCUUCCAAGGCCAGCCAGUAUUUGUGGACCCAGAGCUAAUAUGGCUGGUUCUUUAAGCCCUAAAUGUGUGGAUGUUAAAGCAAGAGAGUUUUUUUCCAUUGGGAUUUAUUUUUAUCAUUAAGAAGCUUCUGAAUUCAGGCUAGGCACUCUUAUUAUCCAACAUUAGAAUUCUUAUUCGAUCUUCUCAUUAUGAUAACUUAUUUAUUUAUAAGGUUGCCUACCCACCUCUUCAUCUUAAGUUUACAGCAUUACAAUAUUCAAUUAUAAAACAUGUAACACUGUUUCAGAUGAAGAGAAUGAUAUAAAUUCAACAAAAGAGGCAGGUCCCGUAAAACAAAGGUCCUAAUAUCCAAAGUAAAGAAAUGCCUCUUCAGCAUGCCUUGAAAGCUGCUUAAUGAAGAUUCUAGACACACUUUGUGGGGAGAGAGUUCCACAGUUUAGGGGAGAAAGCUCUCUUGCCAUUCCUCACAAUUCUGAGGGUGAGGCAAUUACCAAGAGAGCCCACUCCUAACACCCAAGAAUAGUGAUGGAGAUGAUCCUUCAGAUAUUUUGGGCCCAAUCAUUAGGACAUUAAACAUGUUGCCUGGCAGCUAUUGCAGCUGUUGUAAAACAGAAGUUAUAUGAAUUCUAAAUGGAACCCUAGCUAGUAAUCUAAUGAGAAAAAACAAUCUUCAUGAAUGACUUUUCCAUUGCAGCUACAGAAGAGAAAUACAGGACAUUUAUUUUCAUAAAUCAAAAUGUGAACCGAGGUCCCAGUCCUAACUCUGGCUGGGCUUCAGCAGGGCUUAACAGAAUAGUGAAACAACCAACACAACCCUACCACUUGUGCUUGAUAGGAAAAGGAGGUUGUUUUGGUAUAUCAGUGGCAGGGGAUGUGCAGAAACGAGGGCUGGAUCUUACAGCUUGUUGAACUGGCUUAGGAUCUAUUUUGAUCCUUCUUCUUCUUUGGUGAUCACUCGUAGCCGAGUAAGAUUGUCUUCCAUGGAUUCCCUAGCUCUGGAACACCCUGUUACAGGACUUUACAUUGGCUGCUGCCAGUGGCAACUUCCACCUAUUCAUGCUUUCAGUAGGUUGGGACCUCUAGCAGAACAGGCUUCCUGCCAGUGAAGCCUGGCAUAGCCAGGCAAAGCUGUGCAGAGAGACAUGCUUGCUUCAUUCACCUGUCCCUGUGCAUCAGGGUAUAUUGUGCUGCAGUAUAAAUAUUGACUCACAAAAUACAUUUCCAGUCACACUACAUCAAACUGUAUAAAUAGAAGCAUGAAUAAAGUUCAAAUUAAGGGCACAGUGAACUAGAUCAUUUGCCAUUAAGUUCAUAUUCUGCUGCACAAAAUUAUGGUUUGUUUUGUUUCAGGUUGUCCAAUGAAUAUGCAGUCAGCUGGCAGUCUUAGUGAGAACCAGAGCUAUCCUGUUCCUGCGCAUCAAGAAAGAGCAUAUGAAUAUGUGGAGUGCCCUGUGAAAUCUCAAAUGCAUGAGAAGAUUGAUCCUAGCAAUAUGGUAGCCUCAAAGUUUUUCCCCCCUAGUGUGCUUUUAUAAAAUAUAAAAGUGAUAUUUUAACAUUAUUAUGAGGCCAACAAGAAUUCUGAUAUGUUUCUGCUGCAACUUUUAAGAGUAAUGCCUAAAAACUUGGUAUUUCAUGUUGCAGACAUCUGUUAACGUAACUGAACUGAGAUUACUUUGAGCUGUUUAUUCUGUAGUGCAAAGUAUCACCCUGUCUUCAGAUUGAAAAGGCAGUUACCCUGAAUAUUGCUUUUCAAUAUUGCAGUAUUGCAUUUGGCUGCUCUCAACAAUAGACAGUAGCCAUCAAAAUAUAAUUUUCUCUAUAUCUGCUGUUUAUGAAAUUGUCAGGCUGAUAUCGUUACUUCUGUUCAGUUUAUCAUUUUUGCAAGCAAGUUAGAACAUUUGUGACAGGCAUAGUAUUGUCUCUGUAUUAAUUUAAGGCAAUUCUGAUUGUAAAUAUAGUAAUCUUGACUAACACCUGUAGAAAGUGAACGCUUCAGCCUUUCAGAUCCUGCCUUCCUUUGUUCUUCUUCCAGUAAUAUUUAUUAAAACUAAUAUCAUCUCUUCUGUUAUCAUUCACCUUUGGACACCCUUUCCUUUCCUACCAGGGACAUGUCUGUCAAUAUCCUGGGAGAUUUGAUGAGUUGUUUUUAAAAUGCUAAUCAUCUGCUCAGUUUACUUACUUGCAUUAACUUAGUUCCUUUUUAACUUGAAACAUACGAAUUGAAUGCAGGGUGGUAUAGAAAUGUUUAAUCUGGGGAACCGGGUUCGCGUCUCUGCUCCUCCACAUGCAGCUGCUGGGUGACCUUGGGCCAGUCACACUUCUCUGAAGUCUCUCAGCCCCACUUAACUCACAGAGUGUUUGUUGUGGGGGAGGAAGGGAAAGGAGAAUGUUAGCCGCUUUGAGACUCCUGAAGGGGAGUGAAAGGCGGGAUAUCAAAUCCAAACUCUUCUUCUUCUUCUUCUUCUUCUUAAAAGAAUUUUUUUUAAUUAGUAAAGGGCAUCCACCCUCCUGGUUUCAGAGCCUUUGAAUCUCUGCAUCCUAAGGCUCAAAAAAGAAGGUAGUGUGAAAAGCCAACCUCAGACGUAUAAAGCAUGAAUAAAAUAAUUUAUUUAUAAAUAAAUGUAUAGGGUGGAAUUCAACAAUCCUCUCUUCCAUUUGCUCUGUCUGCACAACUGUUCCAGACAGCACAACCUGCUCCUUCCCCUUCUCUCCUUUUUGGAUAGCAGGUUGGGAAGAGGAAGGAAGCCUGUUGUGCAAUGGAAGUCCUUGCACAGGGCUUCUGCUGCCAGGGCUGGUUUACUGAAUCUUUCCCAUAAAGUCUAUUUUUUAACAGUGCAGAAUUCUUGUUUCCAAGUGUUAAGUAACUCCUGAGCUGAACAGCAAGUAACCAAUGUGUUGGGUCAUUCAGAGUACUCUGGACAAAACACUCUUCUUUGAAAUGUUUGACUAAAUGAAACUUGCUCUUGUUAAAGGAUGUCUUAAGUAGAGUAGGUGAGAAGCAUACCUGGAGUGAGGGAAGUUAUCACUGAAGAUACGGUUCUUUAUCGCAGAAUAUCCACUGUUCUUAUUUCCUGCUCCUUCUUAUUUAGAUGCCAGCACCUAAUCAGCUACCAGCCCCCGAUCAACCAUUUCCAUUGUCUACAGUGAGAGAAGAGUCUACUAUUCCUAGAGCGUCUUCUGAACAAAAAUGGGUUUAUCCCUCAGAGCAGAUGUUUUGGAAUGCAAUGCUUAGAAAAGGGUAAGUGAAUUAUAAAUUAAGUACAGCAUCACUUUGCUGACUAGCCUGCUGAUGCAGGUACAACAAAAAGUGCAUUGAAAUCACCCUGCUCAUGCUUCUCAUCCUCUCAGAUUAACUGUAACCUGUCUCAGCAUACCUGGGAUUUAAGGUGGAUUUAUAAACAUCCAGGUGUUCGUCCAUUGCCUCUCCCAUUGCUCUCUUCAUUUUAUUCACCCCCCCCCACCCCCUGAAAUAUAUUUGAGGCUGUGCCUGUGCUGGCUCAUUUAUUUAUUUGAGUAACCACUUGAUGUUGCUUUCAUUAAAUAUUAACAUACAGGUGUGAACAGGGCCUAGUUAAGUUUACAAAGUCCUGUGUACACAGGGUUAUCUGUGAGUAACCCUGUUGAACACAGGGACAUAAGUCUGAGUAAAUAUACACAGGAUUAUGCUGUCAAUCAGUCUGCCUGGAAGCUAUGCUUAAGCUCUCAACUUUCCUUUUUUUAACCAUAGUGUAUGAGCAUUUGAUCUUAGACAUGACUAUAAUGCAGACUUUCUAAAAUACUGGCAGUUGCGUGAUUGAGCAAAAAUGUCUUCAAGCUUUUUAGAAGUUAGGCAACUAUGGUAAAAGACUAAAAUGUGCAGGUGGUAUAGCAUGCAUCUUUCAGCCCCCUGAAAAUCUGCUCUGGAGGGUUUUGGGUACCCUUGGGAGCAGUGUGAGUUGGGUCUGUAGGGGAAAUCACACCUUCAGCCUGUGGGGAUGAUGUCCAUUUAGCAGAGCAGGAGGUUCCUCUGGAUUAGAGUCUGCAAACAGAAGGAGUUGAUGGAACCAACCCAUUAAACUUAUGCUUUUUGACUGUGCUUUGAAGAAAAGGCCCACAAUCUGUUAUGCAAACACCCAGUUUAGCUGAAAAAUGAAGAAGCCUACAAAGAUUUACCAUCGCAGCAAAAAACAGGCAAGUAGUAUAUUGUGCUGUUGGCAUAUUUGAGUUUUGUGCCAGCUUGGUAAAUAACAUCUCUACUUAGUUAUUUCUUUGUUCAGUGGAGGAAGGGCAGAGAGAUGGGGAACUUGAUUUCAGUCAAGUAGUUCCCCCUCGCACAAUAAAAUAAAGACUUGGAACUCCACAGUUCCCCUCUGAUACCUCAUUUUUCAAUAUUCCUUCUGUAGAUGGAGAUGGAAAGAUGAUGACAUAAAACCUGAAGAUAUGAAUAAUAUAAUCAAGAUUCAUAAUCAGAAUAAUGAACAGGCAUGGAAGGAAAUUUUAAAAUGGGAAGCACUUCAUGUAAGGCAAGUACAGCUACAAUUUAUAUUCACAGUUUGAUACAGUAUCUUGUAAUAAAAGAUAUACAGGUGAGUUUUUGUUUUCUCAUAGUAAUUCUAGGUUUUGUGCAUUUUCGUGUUGAAAGGAAAUACAUAUGGAAAUGAGAAGUUGGUGCAGGUCUUUCACUAACAUGAUUAGGCUUUUUUUUACUUUCAGAACUAAUUUGUUCCUCUUUAACUUUCUGAACCAUAGAGGUCAAAUAACUCACAGAGACUGUUGAAAGAUGCUUUGGGGUUCUGCAAUUAGCAUCUAAAGGUCACACUAUUUGAGGUAGUUUUGUGAGUUCAAUUAACGUGACAAUUUUUUUGUUACAUAAAUAGUAGCCAUGCAAAGCCUGCCACAGCCCUGACAAAAAUUGCUUCUCUGAAGCUGUUUACAAUUAAAGGGAGAGGUGUUUUUGUGUGUGUGUGUGUGUGUGUGUGUGUGUGUGUGUAUGAAGUAAAAAAAAGGGGGGAAUCUGCUGCCUUUGACACAGGAAGGUGUGAUCUCCACAGAAUAAAUAUCAUUUUAUAAUUUCAUUUUGCUGUUGUGAAAUUGAAGUUAAGAAAUGUAUCUAUAGUUGUAUGGUGGACACAUUUAAGUCACAAACAAAUACUUCUUAGUCCUUUUGACUGCAAUUGUUUAGCCUUGAUUGCUGAUUAUGUGUUUCUAAAUUGCCUUUAGGGAGUGUCCAUGUGGACCAGCACUUAUUCGGUUUGGUGGUAAAGCGAAGGAGUAUUCGCCAAGAGCCAGAAUAAGGUCUUGGAUGGGGUAAGCUGUAUAGAUCAGAUUGCUUUCUAUUUUAAAAACAAAAAGUCUUAAAAUUUGGAAUCUUUGUGUUUAACAGAAUGGGACUUGAACGAGGCAGGUCUUUGUUAGGUACCUUAACUUUAAUGUUUGCUACAUGUGACAUAUGUAAUGAUUGAUAUACAGUUGGGCUACUUUUUAAAAUUCAACAACAUUAAGACUUUUAUUUCUUUCUAGCUAUGAACUACCUUUUGAUAGACACGAUUGGAUUGUUGAUCGCUGUGGAAAGGAAGUUCGAUAUGUAAUUGACUAUUAUGAUGGAGGAGAAGUAGAUAAGAACUAUCAGUUCACCAUUUUGGAUGUCCGUCCGGCUUUUGAUUCCCUAACUGCAGUAUGGGACAGGAUGAAAGUGGCUUGGUGGCGCUGGACUUCAUAACUAAAUUUGUGCAGUAUGAACAGUUACACUAUUUGGGCAAAGUGGUGCUGCCCUAACUUUGGACUUUAAUAAAAGUUUAUGGUGACUUAAGUCAACAGCAUUCUACUUUCCAUUGGAGGAGAAAUUACAUUUAUUUAAACAAGCCUCUCAUUAAAUAAUACAGUGUUUAUGUUGUCCAACAGUGUUGACCUUUCAGAAAAACUCUAUGGAAACAUGCUCAAUAAGGAAUACGGAAGGCACUCAACUAGUGAAUGUAGUAUAUCAGUACUAUGAAAUGGGAGUAGCUGUAAUCUUAGUGGACGAGCAAUUACAACCUUUUAACAGUGAUACCAUAAAACCUGAAAGAUGAGUGCAUAAACUGUUUUGAAAUUAUACCUUCUGCUGUAAAAAAUAAAAUGACAUUUAGUCUUUAAAAAUCCACAAAAUCCUUUUUGAGUGACUUACAUACCAUAGAUUUUAUAUUACACUGAGUGUAUAUGUUCUCAAGGUAACCAUGAUUCAUGCACAACCAUAUGUGUUUAAAAGCAAUCAGAAGUCAUCUGAAUCAACAGCAUUUAUAUCCUGCCUUUUAUAUUAAGCUGAAAUUAAGGUGAUGCUUGGCUAAUUAAGUUGCUCUUCUGAAAAAAAAGAACUUACGUCGGAGUGUGGUCCUGUAUUUGCCCUUUUAAGAAGAAAGGUGUCUUAAAACAUAUCAAUGCCAAAGUUAGUUAUGCAGUGCAAAAAUGUAUUGUUAAUGGAACCGCCUUUAAAACAUUUCAUUUAGUUUGAUGAAUGUAGGCAAAAAUAUUGCUCUCCAGAGAUGACAGCAUUUGCCACUAAAUCCAAACUUACACAUAAAUAAGACUUUCAGCUUGUGUUGGAAAUGUAACAACUGCUCCCAAGUUAAAACCUGAGUGUACCAUUUCCCUGUUCAGAUGGAUGCAGAAAAGUCACUUGGCCAAUCGUAGGUGCAGUUGAGUUGAUAACCAUUCUAUACCAGUGCUGCUGGUUGUAUCUAGGAAAACACAAUAAAAGUUAUGAGGAUUGCACACUCAGUUUGUCCUUCUCACCUCCACUCCUUUUGGCUUUAAAAGGACAGAGCACAAGGACAAGCAAGGUGAGUGAAGACAGAGUGGGUGAUUCGCUCUUGUAUAAUUGUUUGCAAGGCUGUUGUACACAUCCCUUGGAAGAAUAUUCUUCAAGAGCCUUUGAAUAAAGAAGGAAUUAUUCGCACAAAAAAUAAAGAUAUAAUAAUAAGAACAUUUGCAAAGAGGAUUUUUUUGGGGGGAUGCUGCUAGGGAGAAAACCAUUGAUAGAAUAUUAUUAUUAUUAUUAUUAUUAUUAUUAUUAUUAUUAUUAUUAUUAUUAAUUGAAUUUAUAUACUGCCCUAUACAUGGGGGUCUCAGGGUGGUUCACAGAAUAAAAUAAAGAUAUAAAACCACAACACAUACACACACACAAAACAAAUAUUAUUAGGAUAUCAAAUAAUGUUUUUGUUGAAGGAUCUAUAUAUGCAACAUUCACAAUUGAUUUGCUAAAUUAAAUCAUCUUGGAAUUGUGUUUGAAAAUGCAUACAGGGUAGGUAUAAAACAGCAAGGAGUAUCUAUAUAGAUAUGUAGAUGCAAUAAUUCUACCUCUUGACAUGCUGAAUGUUGCAUCUUAAUUGAUGUUGUUCAAGGAAUAUUGGCAUGUCUACAAGAUGCAUUUGCUGUCCAAUUAUCCAUUGUUCUAGUGUGUGUACAUUUAUCUUCGUUGUAUAUAGAUGAAUUCAGUUACAUGUCAACUGCUUCAUAGGUGUGUCUUUGGUUUUAAUAAACUAUUUUUUACUUUAUUGCUUGUCGGAUUUUAUUUUCUUGGGGUAAACACUUCAGUGAUUUGGUGAUACCUUAGCAAUGCACAAAGCAUUCAAAGCCUUGGAGUUCCUUAAAUGUUUCCAUGCCUGUGGGCUUUUUGACUAAGUCAGUAAGGCUGGAACUAAGCAUGAUACAUGUGUGCAGAAGCCUGCUUUAAUUGCACAUUGCUCUUGCUGGGUUGGGGAGAUUUUGUGCAGCCUGAAAAGUCCCCUCCAGGAUUGCCAAGGUACAAAACCAAACUGCCCUCAAGGUUACGUGUCUUCCCCCAUCAUCUGUAUGGUAGGCGUGGAUGUCUUUGAGGACAACAACCUAUAUAGGUUCCAGUAUGAAAUAUAUUGGGCCAAAUGCACAGACACUUUGAAACUGAAAAUACAUGCAUCUGAAUUCAUCAGUAUGGGCCAUUUAAGCACAGAAAUGUAACAUCAAAAUUUCCAGGAAUACUUGCUCUAUACAGAAUAUGUAUUUACUGAGUACCCAUUUGGCAGAGUUCAUAAAAAAUGCAUUACGCCAAACUUUCGUAUUUGCCUCCUUUGCAUUUUGUGAGGAGAAGCUGUUUCAUGGCAUGAAUAUUACCAGGAAAGACAUUCUUUCAAAUGAAAAUAAGUUUCUUAAAUUGCAUUUUGUUUUGUUUUUAAUUCAUCAUUUUACUAAGAAUUUUCUGUGCCUUUUCUAUUCCUUAAAAGGAGACACAUGGAUCAUAUUUUGCUUGCUUGUAUUGGAACAAAAAAAAUGCAGUGUUCUUGUUUUGGGCCUCUAGUCAGGUUUUUUUUAAACACUUUUAAGUUCAUUCAGGAAUAUGUUAGCACCUGUGAGCCAUUUGCUCAGAUCUAAAUGAUUAACUCUACCUUGCAAAAAUAAGGGACUUGAUUUCCCCCCUCUGAAAAUGACAGCUAUGUUUCCUUUUGUGAUGAAAUAAAACCUGUAGUUAAGAAUUAAUGAAGAUGCAGAUGGUCUCCACUUAAUCUGACCUUUCUCAAAUUGUAGGUAUGAAUUAAUUGCACAGGAUGAUGCUAUUGUGACUGCAUUAACACCACAAAUGUCAUGGUAGGCCAUCAGAUACUUGCAAAGUUGAGGAGUCAUAAGAAAAAGAUUAAAACUCGUGUUUACAACAUUUAAAUCUGCUCUGACCUUUAUAAAGUACAGUUUACUUUCCAAAGAAAUAUGCUGCCUGAGUGUAUAAUAGCAAUUAAACAUUCAAACAAAACUUUUUCUUUAACGGUUUAUCUAACAUACUUUUGCAUAGUUUUUAAAUUCCUCAGACAAAACCCUCACAGUUUUAAGUUUCUGUGAAAUGCAGAAUUUUGUGGUUUUAAAAAUGCCUGACUCAUUUAUUGUACAGCAUGCAGGUUAGGGUAUACAUAUUUCAAAAACACCAUGUAGGUCAUGACUUCUGGGCAUACAAUAUUGAGCUCUUACUAUCAUCUCAGCACUACUGCUCAUCUGUUCUUGUUGCAAAUAAACCUACCCCUCUGAUCCUUUUGAUUUCACAAGCAGUUUGGAUUGUUUGAGCAGUUAGAUAAAGGUCAUUUAAAAAGAAAAAAAAGUCACUCAAACUGUUCGAAAGGAACUGAAAUUCUGGAUCUGCGUGUGGAAAGUCUGAGUGAUACAUUCCCCAGGUGGGAAGGAUUAAGUAACAAGUGUGCUAUCCUUGCAGCUAAAGUUACGAACACAUUAUAUCUUUACCAUAUGGUCCCUGACAUUGCCCCUGCAGACCCACAUUAACAUUUUACAUUACAUGGUGGUAAAAAGUGAAUGUAUUAAGUACCCUUCUGCUAAAAUUGCUGCCUAUGAUACAGCUAUAAACAGUAUUAUAAAACAGUGGUUCCCCAAUUCCACCCAACUGCAAGACAACUUGAGGGUCUUACCAGACUACUUAAUUUCCCCCCCUGCCUGCUGUAGCAAAUGUGAUGCACUGGUGCUAGAUGCACUCUCUGCUUUUUAAUUGUGCUGUUAUUGCUUCUUUUACUUCUUACUGAAUUUAUUGUAUAGAACUCAAAUUAUAUUGUAUUUUAUGGUAAGAAUUCAAAUAAUCCAUAGAAUUCAAAUUGCAAGACAACAAAAUACAAUAUAAGAAAUAAAAGAAGCAAUUCAAAUGCAAUUAAAAAUUAAGAACAUUUAAUGUGAUGGAUGGGCCGUCGCCCGUCUUCGACCACAAAUCCAUACACACACCACAGACCACCUGAAUGAAGCUCGGUUCGCAGACCAGUUUAGGAAGCCCUGUUCUAAAACACAGCCAUGUUUGGCAGAAAGUGUUAUUCUCUCAGUCUGCAGAUGCAUUUUUUGGCUGCAUUUUUAUACGCAAUGAGUGCAGUGUAUUAAAUGACUUUGUUCAAUCCUCUCAGAAGUAUGGCAUCUUCAGCUGAAUUGGAUACCAAUUAAAUACUUUGAAAAGGAUGGAUUUUUCUCCAUCACAUAUAUAUAUAAUGAUUGAACAACCAAAGCACACAAUGUACAUAAAGAGAACAAUUACCAUACAACAUAAUAAUAUAGGUUCAACACAAUGAGCUUUGUAAUAAAGUAUAAAAAAUCAGGAGUGAAUGAAAUGGUUACAAUUAUUAUAAAUGAGGUGUAAAAGCACAUGUUGCAUACUUCAGUAGGGAAGACCUUUUCCUUCCCCCCCCUAUUGCUGUAAUAUUAAUUUCUUAACCUUGUAUUAGUCACUAAUACGUCUUUAAUCAGUCAUUCUGACUACUGGGGAUUAAUAUUGUUUCUGUUUAGGUCCUGAGACCUUGCCAACAUUGGUGAGUUUUAAAGUGAUAAAAUUUAUGUAGAAGAAAGCGGAAAAGAUAAUAUAAUAUAAUAUAAAUCUAUGCUUGAAUAGUGCAACUGUGGAUGUGCAAAUAUACUCUCCUCCCUAGCUGCGGGACAUGCGUGUUUACUGCACCCUUUCAAUUAAGCAUCAGUACAUCCCAACAGUAUGGCUACAACAAGCCAUAUUCUGAUGGCAGUUCCAUUUAUCCACACAUAUCUUUUAUAUGUGAAUUAAAUCUGCAAAGGGCUAAGUUACAAGUGUUCGCAUACCAGGAAUUGGUAGGCCACACUAAUUAGCUGGUAUGUUAAUAAUAAAAACAGCUAAUAAUAUUAGUUUUUUGUGAGCCACACAACUGGAUUUUUUUUUUUAAAUAGAAAAGAGUUCCUACACAGUAAUAAUGCAACAGAAGGCCAAGAAUAGACAUUCAUCUUGAAUUUAAAUAUUUAGCAUUUUCACAAGCCUGUGACUACAAGAGAAUGUAUUACGUUUAGAUGGGAUUUAGAUCUUUGACAUGAAGUGGAUAUUUGCAUAGUGUGACAAAUAUCAAACUGACAUUAUGCUGUCUCAUUUGAUGACUUCCAAAUGUCAGAGUGCAAGAACUUGUGUGUGGGGACCUCAGUGACUUUAGAUAGUGUCAGUUUAAAAGACAUUUACAUUGACUUAUUAUUUUUUAAAAAUUAUUUAAAUGUAUAAAAUGUAUUAAACAAAGCAUUGUUAAGAAAGGAAGAUGGUUGCUGGGGGAGUGCGAUGGGAGGAAAAGAUUGUCAUAAAAGAAGAAGGUGGUAAGUUUCAGCUAAUUUUCAUAGACGCCUUUCUGACAGGAGCAAGCAAUACUUUGCUGCACUUUUGACAGCCUCUCUUCAACUGUUUCUGGCACCUGCCGCUCAUUCCCCUAUUAGUUUGUAAAUAUUUCAUACUUACAGGUAUGAAAUAUGUAGACUGCUGAAACAUGGCCACACUGCUGUUUUUAAUAGUUUCUUUUUUUUUUUUGGCCUUAGUAUUUGUAAGUGAAUUUUUUGUGGGCCUGCUGCUUUACGUGCAAUUAUCUUUGCACAGCUGCAGCAGCAAGGAAGCUGUGGUUUUGUUAAGCACCCUUUCACUUGGGCAGCUGCGACCAUGGUACCUUGGAAAAUGCUUGUUCGGAUAUAUUUCCCACCUGACCCUAAGAGCUCAUGGCCCACCACAGCAACUACGAAGGCAGCAUGUGGGCCUGUGUACUUUUAAGCAUCCACAAUAAAAUACAAAUACGAUUUGAGGGAGCCUUGGGAGAAGGUGCCGCUGAUGGUUCCCUCCUCUGCCAGUGGACCCUGGCCGUGAGCUUAUUCUGGCAGGUGGCUGUGUAUAACCACCCAUUUAUUUUCCCACAAUGCUCCAGGAUGACACUAGCUGAAAGCAGCGGUGGUUGUGAGGAUUUUGCGCUGCCUUCAACCGGACUGCCAUACAAACAGAAAGUGUGUCCUUGAUUUCCCGCUGCCCACACUCUUGCCAAUAAGGCACAAUCCUGGGCCCUGCCCUGCCCACAUAUAAAUCAUGGGCACAGCAUAUCUUGGAGCACCUAAUUCCCCAUGAACUCUCCUAGCUAUGAAUAACUUCACAGGAAGCCUUGUCUCUAUUUAGCUGACAGAGGCUUUUGGUGGAGACUUUCGAGAUACGUUCCAUAUAAGGUUUUUUCUUUUGUAGGUAAUUGUUUUGAGCCACUUCACAUGAUGUUACUACAUGGGUUGGGUUGCCCUGUCUAUUUUUGCCAUGGAUUGCUUUUUAAAAAAUUUUUUAGUUGCCACCUUUUAUUUCUCUUUUUAUCCAGCCUUUUGUCAAAGGAGCUCAAACAGCUCUUUUCACAACAACCUUGUGAGGUAGCUUAGGCUGAUACAAGAUGACCGGGCCCAAACACCACACCAUUUGAACUCUGUAAUGGAGGUAGGGGCAGGAUUCGGACUCAGGUCUCACCCUGUUUUACGUGCAGUGCUCUAACCACUAUGCCAUGCUUAGGACUGGAACUACUUUUAGCAUUUCUUGGAAUUGUUCAAGAUUACUUAUCUGUGAAUUAAAGAUUGCCUAUUCAACGGAAUUAAGUGGUGACAGCGGGCCAGGAAGGUUUCAGAUACCUGAGAAGAGUUACAAAGUACCAUAUAACCAUAAUUUUCCAAUUUGCGCACUUUCAGUUUAUGUUGUUUCCCAUGCACAAGUUUUGUUUAAAGGUCCUUUGUCUAAAGAAACAAUUCUGAAAGCAAUUAAACUUCACACUUUAGGAAUGCAGAGCCUCUGACUGUUCUUAUUGUUAGAUUUACAGCGCUUUGUCCCGAAGGAACGGGCUUCUUUUCAUCACAAAGUACACAACCUUGGUUAUCGAGGCAACCAGAGGUAACCAGGAAUCAGCUGUCAGCGGCAGAAGCCGCAUCCUUUGCCUUUGCCUUAAGGAGCGAAGGAGGCGGAGCGCCCCCUUGUGGACACGGGACUCCUUUUCAAGCCCGUCCCCGUUUUCAAUCCGGGCGGAAGGGGCGGGGUGUCUCUCUGCCAUGUCGGACAUGGCUUUAGAGGAGCUCUCUGCGAUUGCCGCGAUUUACUGCGGGGAAGAUGAAUGCGAAGUGCUGGAGGUGUCAG